AUGAUUCAGACAACCUCCGACAGCAGCUUCUACAGCAGCUUCUACAGCAGCACCUAUAGCAGCUCUGACAGCAGCACCUACAGCAGCUCCUACAGCAACUCCUACAGCAACUCCUACAGCAAGUCCUACAGCAGCUCCUACAGCAGCUUCUACAGCAGCUUCUACAGCAACUCCUACAGCAUCUCCUACAGCAGCACCUACAGCAUCUCCUACAGACAGCAGCACCUACAGCAUCUCCUACAGCAUCUCCUACAGACAGCAGCACCUACAGCAUCUCCUACAGCAGCACCUACAGACAGCAGCACCUAUAGCAGCUCUGACAGCAGCACCUACAGCAGCUCCUACAGCAACUCCUACAGCACCUCCUACAGCAAGUCCUACAGCAGCUCCUACAGCAGCUUCUACAGCAGCUUCUACAGCAACUCCUACAGCAUCUCCUACAGCAGCACCUACAGCAUCUCCUACAGACAGCAACUCCUACAGCAAGUCCUACAGCAGCUCCUACAGCAGCUUCUACAGCAACUCCUACAGCAAGUCCUACAGCAUCUCCUACAGCAGCACCUACAGCAUCUCCUACAGACAGCAGCACCUACAGCAUCUCCUACAGCAGCACCUACAGACAGCAGUACCUACAGCAUCUCCUACAGCAACUCCUACAGCAAGUCCUACAGUAUCUCCUACAGCAACUCCACAGCAUCUCCUACAGCAGCACCUAAGGCAACUCCUACAGCAUCUCCUACAGCAACUCCUACAGCAGCUCCUACAGCAGCACCUACAGACUGCAACUCCUACAGCAGCUUAUACAGCAACUCCUACAGCAUCUCCUACAGCAUCUCCUACAGCAUCUCCUACAGCAGCACCUACAGCAACUCCUACAGCAACUCCUACAGCAUCUCCUACAGCAACUCCUACAGCAGCACCUACAGACAGCCUAUCCUACAGCAGCUCCUACAGCAGCUCCUACAGCAGCACCUACACAUCUCCUACAGCAGCUCCUACAGCAUAUUCUACAGCAGCUCCUAUAGCAGCUCCUACAGUAGAACCUACAGCAACUCCUACAGCAUCUCCUACAGCAACUCCUACAGCAUCUCCUACAACAGCUCCUACAGAAUCUCCUACAGCAUCUUCUACAGCAGCUCCUAUAGCAGCUCCUACAGCAGCACCUACAGCAUCUCCUACAGCAGCUCCUACAGCAUCUUCUACAGCAGCUUCUACAGCAGCACCUACAGACAGCAGCACCUACAGCAGCAAGUCCUACAGCAUCUCCUACAGCAGCACCUACAGCAUCUCCUACAGACAGCAGCACCUACAGCAUCUCCUACAGCAGCACCUACAGACAGCAGUACCUACAGCAUCUCCUACAGCAACUCCUACAGCAAGUCCUACAGUAUCUCCUACAGCAACUCCACAGCAUCUCCUACAGCAGCACCUAAGGCAACUCCUACAGCAUCUCCUACAGCAACUCCUACAGCAUCUCCUACAGCAGCUCCUACAGCAGCACCUACAGACUGCAACUCCUACAGCAGCUUAUACAGCAACUCCUACAGCGUCUCCUACAGCAUCUCCUACAGCAUCUCCUACAGCAGCACCUACAGCAACUCCUACAGCAACUCCUACAGCAUCUCCUACAGCAACUCCUACAGCAGCACCUACAGACAGCCUCUCCUACAGCAGCUCCUACAGCAGCUCCUACAGCAGCACCUACAGCAGCUCCUACAACAUCUUCUACAGCAGCUUCUACAUCAUCUCCUACAGCAUCUCCUACAGCAGCUCCUACAGCAGCACCUACAGACAGCAGCACCUAUAGCAGCUCCUUCAGCAGUUCCUACAGCAUCUUCUACAGCAGCUCAUAUAACAGAUCCUACAGCAUCUCCUACAGCAACUCCUACAGCAAGUCCUAAAGCAUCUCCUACAAAUGUCACCUUCAUCAAAUCCUACAGCAUCUCCUACAGCAGCUCUUACAGCAUUUUCUACAGCAGCUCCUAUAGCAGCUCCUACAGUAGAACCUACAGCAACUCCUACAGCAUCUCCUACAGCAACUCCUACAGCAUCUCCUACAGCAGCUUCUACAGAAUCUCCUACAGCAUCUUCUACAGCAGCUCCUAUAGCAUCUCCUACAGCAGCACCUACAGCAUCUCCUACAGCAGCUCCUACAGCAUCUUCUAUAGCAGCUUCUACAGCAGCACCUACAGACAGCAGCACCUACAGCAGGUCCUACAGCAUCUACUACAGCAACUCCUACAGCAUCUCCUACAGCAGCUCCUUCAGCAGCACCUUCAGACAACAUCUCCUACAGCAGUACCUACAGACAGCAUCUCCUACAGCAGCUCCUACAGACAAACCGCCGACAGCAGCUUCUAUAGCAGCUUCUACAGCAGCUUCUACAGCAACUCCUACAGCAACUCCUACAGCAGCUCCUACAGCAGCUUCUACAGCAUCACCUAUAGCAUCUCCGACAGCACAACACCUACAGACAGCAGCACCUAUAGCAGCUUCUACAGCAGUUACUACAGCAUCUCUUACAGCAUCUCCUACAGCAUCUCCUACAGCAGGUCCUACAGCAUCUUCUACGGCAGCUCCUACAGCAGCACCUAUAGCAUAUCCUACAGCAGCUCCCACAGCAUCUCCUACAGCAUAUCCUACAGCACCUCCUACAGCAUCUCCUACAUUAGCACCUACAGCAACUCCUACAGCAUCUCCUACAGCAACUCCUACAACAUCUCCUACAGUAUCUCCUACAGAAUCAACUCCUACAGCAUUUCCUACAGCAUCUCCUACAGCAGCUCCUACAGAAUCUCCUACAGCAUCUUCUACAGCAGCUCCUAUAGCAGCUCCUACAGCAGCACCUACAGCAUCUCCUACAGCAACUCCUACAGCAUCUCCUACAGCAGCUCCUUCAGCAGCACCUUCAGACAACAUAUCCUACAGCAGUACCUACAGACAGCAUCUCCUACAGCAGCUCCUACAGACAGCAUCUUCUACAGCAGCUCCUAUAGCAGCUCCUACAGCAGAACCUACAGCAUCUCCUACAGCAACUCCUACAGCAUCUUCUACAGCAGCAUCUACAGCAGCACCUACAGACAGCAGCACCUACAGCAGGUCCUACAGCAUCUACUACAGCAACUCCUACAGCAUCUCCUACAGCACCUCCUUCAGCAGCACCUUCAGACAACAUCUCCUACAGCAGUACCUACAGACAGCAUCUCUGAACAUGACCAAAACUCUAUUUCCUACAGAACCUCCGACAGCAGCUUCUACAGCAGCUUCUACAGCAGCACCUAUAGCAGCUCUGACAGCAGCACCUACAGCAGCUCCUACAGCAACUCCUACAGCAAGUCCUACAUCAUCUCCUAUAGCAGCAACUACAGCAACUCCUACAGCAUCUCCUACACACCUACAGACAGGAUCUCCUACAGCAUUUCCUACAGCAUCUACUACAGCAGCUUCUACAGCAGCACUUACAGACAGCAGCAACUACAGCAGCUCCUACAUCAGCUCCUACAGCAGUUCCUACAGCAGCUCCUACAGCAACACCUACAGACAGCAUCUUCCACAGCAGUUCAUACAGACAGCAGCUCCUACAACUUCUCCUACAGCAUCUCCUACAGCAUCUUCUACAGCAGCUUCUAUAGCAGCACCUAUAGCAGCUCCGACAGCAGAACCUACAGCAUCUCCUACAGCAACUCCUACAGCAUCUUCUACAGCAGCAUCUACAGCAGCACCUACAGACAGCAGCACCUACAGCAGGUCCUACAGCAUCUACUACAGCAACUCCUACAGCAUCUCCGACAGCACCUCCUUCAGCAGCACCUUCAGACAACAUCUCCUACAGCAGUACCUACAGACAGCAUCUCUGAACAUGACCAUAACUCUAUUUCCUACAGAACCUCCGACAGCAGCUUCGACAGCAGCUUCUACAGCAGCACCUAUAGCAGCUCUGACAGCAGCACCUACAGCAGCUCCUACAGCAACUCCUACAGCAAGUCCUACAUCAUCUCCUAUAGCAGCAACUACAGCAACUCCUACAGCAUCUCCUACACACCUACAGACAGGAUCUCCUACAGCAUUUCCUACAGCAUCUACUACAGCAGCUUCUACAGCAGCACUUACAGACAGCAGCAACUACAGCAGCUCCUACAUCAGCUCCUACAGCAGUUCCUACAGCAGCUCCUACAGCAACACCUACAGACAGCAUCUUCCACAGCAGUUCAUACAGACAGCAGCUCCUACAACUUCUCCUACAGCAUCUCCUACAGCAUCUUCUACAGCAGCUUCUAUAGCAGCACCUAUAGCAGCUCCGACAGCAGCACCUACAGCAGCUCCUACAGCAACUCCUACAGCAAGUCCUACAUCAUCUCCUACAGCAGCAACUACAGCAACUCCUACAGCAACUCCUACAGCAUCUCCUACUGCAACUCCUACAGCAUCUCCUACAGCAUCUCCUACAGCAGCACCUACAGACAGGAGCUCCUACACAGUUCCUACAGCAGCUCCUACAGCAACACCUACAGACAGCAUCUUCCACAGCAGCUCAUACAGACAGCAGCUCCUACAACUUCUCCUACAGCAUCUCCUACAGCAUCUUCUACAGCAGCUUCUACAGCAGCACCUACAGACAUCAGCACCUAUAGCAGCUCCUACAGCAGUUCCUACAGCAUGUCCUACAGCAGCUCCUACAGCAUAUUCUACAGCAGCUCCUAUAGCAGCUCCUACAGUAGAACCUACAGCAACUCCUACAGCAUCUCCUACAGCAACUCCUACAGCAAGUCCAAAAGCAUCUCCUACAGAAACACCUACAGCAACUCAUACAGCAACUUCUACAGCAUUUCCUACAGCAACUCCUACUGCCGGAUCAACGCUAUCGGAUCAACGCUGUGGGAUCAACACUAUCGGAUCAACGCUGUGGGAUCAACACUAUCGGAUCAACACUGUCGGAUCAACACUGUCGGAUUAACACUACCAGAUCAACACUAUCAGAUCAAAACUAUCGGAUCACCACUACCAGAUCAACACUACCAGAUCAACACUAUCAGAUCAAAACUAUCGGAUCAGCACUAUCGGAUCAACACUAUCGGUUCAACACUACCAGAUCAACACUACCAGAUCAAAACUAUCGGAUCAGCGCUGUCGGAUCAACUCUAUCAGAUCAACACUGUGCAGUAG